AGUAUCGGCUGAUGAGACACAAUAAAUAGAGGCUGAGUGCAGAGGACAUUACAGACACUGCUGCAGAAGUUGAAGCGUCCUUUCGUCUCAGCUCUGAACCUCCGAGACCAGAAACUCUUCAGAUAUCCCUUCGUCGAGGAACCAUGGCGGGAUCUACAGAAUGGGUUCCAACCUUAUGGCUGGAGACUUUUGACGAGAUGCUGAGUGAUGACAAUGAGCUGGACUAUGGAGACCAGUGGACUCUCAACUUUAACUACAGUCAGGACGACAGUGUCACCAAAGAGCAGAAGAGGAGAGGCUGGAGGGUCUACUGCCACAAGGCCCAUGGAGAUUUCGAGUGUGAAUCCUGCUCCAAGACCUGGCACUCGGCUAAGAUAGUGGUGUUGUUUCGUUACCGGCUGCAGAAUGAUCGGGGGACAGUGAUCAUGCGACCCUUCGGUCAGACCUGUCGCAGCUGCGAAAACGAGCAGUUUGAGCGACCUGGUUUUCCCCAGGAUGAGGUUGAACUUGCUUUUAAUAGGCUGUUUUCCAAAAUCCGGAAGAAUUGCUACGGGGAAGAGUCGGACGAUGAUGAUGGUGACUCAUCGAGAAAAGAAAAGCGGACCAAACCCCAUGAGAGCAGCCUGUGUGAGGCCUGCAAGGCGGGCAUUUGCUCUCAGGCUAAGGACCAGGAGUGUGCGAACUAAACACUCAACAAAUCUCUUCCGACUAUACCUUGAAUAAACAAAAAACACACAAAAAAAACUUUAGUUUAAACAAAAAAAUUAGUAUCACUUAAUUGGCACUUUCUUAUAGCACUUUGUAGUUUGGCUUUCUUGAAGAAAAUGGUACUUUCUUGAUUCUUGUUGUUCUGGUGUAAUCUGUUGUAAGUCGCUUUGGAUAAAAGCGUCAGCUAAAUGAAAUGUAAUGUAAUGUAGAGAGAGAGAGCGUCUUAGUCUUAGGAUGACAGGUGCAGAGACUGACAGUGACAGUUUUGUGCAGGUGCACAUGUUCUUUAUCACAUCAGCAGGAAGUUAUGUUAUUUUUUUUCUUUAGCAUGACAGAUGGGGCAUUGGUCUCGGUGGAUUUUCAUUAACUAUUUAUGUUAAUGGUUUGCUAUGACAUUAAUACAUCAUCAGUCAAAUGUAGCAACAUAUAUAUUAUAAGUGGCAGUUAAAAAGUUGUAAAUAAAGUGUUUUUUUAUUUGGUUUAA